AUGCACUACAUCCCCAACCAGCUGCGGUGGGACCCCUUUGAUCAUGAUCCGGAGGCGGAUUUUGUGGCGGGGUUGCACCUGGUGGCCGGGGCGGGGGAUCCGGCGAUGAAGCAGGGGUGUGCGAUGUAUGUGUUUGCGGCGGGACGGUCGAUGGGGGAGAGGGAGGUGUUUUAUUCGGCGGAUGGGGAGGUGUUGAUUGUGCCGCAGGAGGGGGCGCUCGAUGUGCGCACGGAGAUGGGGUGUUUGUUGGUAAGGCCGAUGGAGAUUUGUGAGAUUCCCCGCGGGGUGAGGUAUCAGGCGCCGGUGGCGAGUUUUGAUGAGGAGGCGGAGUUUGGGGCCACGGCGUCGGACGGGCCAAAUGAGUUUGUCGUCACGGCCAAGUUCAACAACGCGUUGUAUCGCACCGUGCAGCGCCAUACCCCCUUUGAUGUGGUCGCCUGGCAUGGGAAUUACUAUCCGUACAAGUACGACCUCGGCCGGUUCAACACGAUCGGGUCCAUCUCGUUCGACCACCCGGACCCGAGCAUCUUCACGGUGCUGUCGGCGCCGUCGGACCACGCGGGCACCUCCGUGGCGGACUUUGUCAUCUUCCCGCCGCGUUGGCUGGUCGGUGAGGACACCUUCCGCCCCCCCUGGUACCACCGCAACACCAUGAGCGAGUUCAUGGGCCUGAUCCGCGGCGGGUAUGAUGCCAAGAAGGGCGGGAGCGGCGGGUUUGUGCCUGGGGGCGCGAGCCUGCACAAUGUGAUGAGUGGCCAUGGGCCGGAUGCGGAGAGCUAUGAGGGCGCUCGCAACGCUGUGCUGCAGCCGGCCAAGGUUGGUGAGGGGAGCUGUGCGUUUAUGUUUGAGAGCUGUCUGAUGAUGGGCGUGUCGGACUGGGGCUUGAAGACGUGCCAGAAGGUGCAGGCCGAGUAUUCGGAUCAUAGCUGGGGUGGAGUCAAGGUGCAUUGGAAGAAGAAGACUGAGGGCGCGUAA